AUGAUCGCCACUGGCGGCCUGCUGAGAAUUUCCGCCAGAAAGCAGGAUCCCCUCCGGCCCCCAAGCCAGGUCUCUAAGCGCAAGAGGAAAGCCAAGAAGAGGCGCAAGAACGACGUGGUGGUGGUGAAGGGCAAACUGAAGCUGUGCUCCAUCUCCGGGCUCAUCGCGCUCUGCGGGAUCCUGGUGCUGCUGGUGGGCAUAGCCAUGGCAGUGGUGGGCUACUGGCCCAAAGCCAACGGAACCAACAGGGAGGGGGGCAAGCAACUGCCAUCCGCAAGCAGUGGUCACCGCGUGCAAACCACGGCCAACAAUAGCAGCAAAGUCCCGUCUAGGGGCCACCCAGGGGCCUUAGGGGUUGUCAACUUGAGUUCCACUGGCGCGCCCAGGAGCACGCCUCCAGUGCGCUCCACCACCCCUUCCUCGUCCUCCUCCACAUCUGUGGGCUUCUUCCGAAUCUUCUCGGGCUACCUGCACUCGGACAAGCUCAAGGUCUUCGGGCCCCUCAUCAUGGGCAUAGGCAUCUUUCUCUUCAUUUGCGCCAACGCGGUGCUCCACGAGAAUCGGGACAAGAAGACCAAGAUCAUCAACCUGCGGGACCUCUAUUCCACGGUCAUCGACGUGCACAGCCUUCGGGCCAAAGACCUGGCGGCGGCUGCAGCCGCGGCCGCAGCAGCCGCUGCCUCCUCCUCUUCCUCGGCCCCCGCCGCGGCGACCCCCGGGACGGCGCCGCUCAAUGGCUUCCUCAGCUACGUGCAGUCCCGGGGCCUGGAGCUGAAGCCCAGCAGCUGUGGCAGCGCUGGGGACGCCUUCGGGGCGGCAGCUAUGCUGACCCGGGGCUCGUGGCCCCACCCCGCGGCGCUGGGCGGGGGCGGCGGCGGGGCUCGGGCCGCAGCGUCCCCGCCGGACCUGGCGUCCUCCCCUGGCUGCCCGCGGGAGCCUCCGAGCCUGGCCGAGGCUGUGUACAGCAUCUACCGCGAGCGCUCCGGUGUGGCCGGCCGUCGCCGGACCGCAGCCGCCCUGGCUGCCACCGCAGCCACUGCCACCACGGCAGCCAGCAGCAGCAGCAGCCCGGCGCCCUGCAGCCCACCCGAGAGCUGGGGGCGCCAGAGCACCGCCAGCUCCCUCGUGGGCUCCUCGCUGAGCGCCUUCGCGUUGCUGCCUUUACAAGGGGACGGCGACAGGGACGGGGACGCGGAGGGCGCGAGCUGCAGCUGGCAGAGGCCGCCUGGGGAACGCGGCUCCCAGGAGAUUCCGCGGGGCGAGCUCGACCUGAGCUUGACCGACCUCCGCGGUGCCGAGGGCGGUGCGCGCUGGGCGCACGGCGAGCUGGAGGAGCCCGAGGGCGCGGCGACGGCGCGCGCCGCCAGGGGGCAGGGCGGUCGCCUGCCCAGGACCGGCAGGUACGCGGCCUUGCUGCGCCGCAGCACCAGCGGGCUCCCGGACUACCGGGCGCCGCGAUCGCCGGCCCCGCCGUCCCCGAGCGCUGCGGACCUGGACUCCAGUCCUCCGGACACAGCCGCCUGUCCCUCGCCUCCCCUGCGACUGGAGGACUCGCCUGACGCCCGGCCGGACUCGCGGAGCUCGCCAUCGGAUGAGCCAUCCAGCAGCAAUAAGUGCUACACCCCCUUGCGGGAGGCCGGCACCUCCCUGGGGUCGGUCGCGGAUGCAGUUGUCAGUAAAAGGCCAGACUGUGCGGCCGCCACCAUUUCGGGUGCGGAGCAGACCCCGGAGGGUCCCGACCAAGAGCCAACCGCGGCCGAGCAACCUCAGGCGGUGCAGAAGCAGUUUACAAACAAGGAGAAACUCUUCAUGAUUUCCAGGUCUCAUGCCAUAGGGGUAGAAGACGGAGAACUGGAGAGCACUGGCAUUUAG